CCAGAGCAAUGGCCAGCUUGUCUGAGUGCCAAUCAACAAAGGGCUUGAUUUGCACAUGUUAUUUGAGGACAGAAGCCUAGCCAUUGUUUUUGGGGCCACAGACAUUUUCCUCAAAAGUUUUCCCGUGCUUCCGGGAGAGCUGAAGGACAAACUGUUCGUCAUUAACGAGGAAGAUGGAGGCCUGUCUGAUGGGCAAAUCACGUCUCUGAGGAGGUACGUCCCCACGUUGGAUGAUGUGGAAAUGUACAAAUCCCACAAAGGACCUGUGACAGAGCUGCAUAUUGUGGACCAGUACAUGAUGGAGAUGUGCAACAUCCCGUGUCUGAGCACACAGCUCGACCUGCUGCUGACUCUGAGAGAGCUUCCGAUCGGCAUGAAAGACCUGCAGCCACUGAUUAACCAGAAGAUCAGAAUGUGCACGCAGCUGAACAACUGCAGGUCAUUUGUUUCCGUGCUGGAGUACCUCCUCACCGUUGGCAAUUACCUCAACGAGAACGCAAGGAAGGAAAAGGCCAAGGGAUUUCGCCUCUCCUCCUUAACUAAACUCUCUCAGCUCCGGGGGAACGACAGGAAGUUCACCUUGCUGCAUGCCCUUGUGGAGCAGAUCAUGUUGCAUGAACCUUCCCUGGCUGCUUUUACAGACGACUUGGCAGAAUUUGAAACUGUCCCGGGAGCUUCCAUUAAAGGCUUGACCGCAGAAGUUGACGUGCUGAAGAAUGAAUUGCAGAAAGUCAUUCAGCAUGAAAAAACUUUCAAGAAGAGAAAUGCUGGAGGUCAACACCCACAAUUCUACAAAGACUUGAAGAUGGCGGUUGAAAAAUACAAGACCGGUCUCUCAGCACUGACGAAGACGCGUGAUGAAAUGAAGAAGCUCUACUCUGUCAUACUGGGCUCACGGCAGGAUAUAAUGCUUCUGAUUGCUCUGGGAGGAUCCUCAGCACUCCAUAUCCCAGCAUUCCCCAGUGGAGGAUGCCUAAUUGACUACGUCCCUCAAGUGUGCCAGUUACUCAACAACAAGGUGCAGUAUAUCAUCCAGGGCUAUCACAAGCGGAGAGAGUACAUCGCUGCCUUCCUCAGCCACUUUGGAAUGGGUGUCGUUGAGUAUGAUGCAGUGGGAUUCACAAAACUGACCCUUCUACUAAUGUGGAAGGACUUUUGCUUCCUAGUACAUGUGGAUCUCCCACUGUACUUCCCCAGGGACCAGCCCACCCUCACCUUCCAGUCUGUGUACCACUUCACCAACAGCGGACAGCUCUAUUCUCAGGUGCAGAAGUCAUAUCCCUACAGCCCUCGCUGGGAUGGCAAUGAAAUGGCAAAGAGGGCCAAGGCGUACUUCAAGAGCUUCAUCCCUCAGUUCCAAGAGGGAGCCUUUGCCAAUGGGAAACUCUAGUACUCUCUAGCUUAAUGACAUGCCUGGAGAGUUGCCUGUGUGAAUGUAAGUGUGUGGGUGUGGGUGUGUUUGUUCGAGCACGCCAUUGUGUACCUGUGUUUAAGUAUGUACAGACUUACAUUUGUGAAAUGUGCAGCACUGCAACAGUACGGUGAGAAUGGCUCUGUGAAUUUUACAUAGUCUGACCUUGAAAUGGUUGCCUCAUUGUAUUCACUUGUUAUUUUAGUUUAGUUAAAAGACACUUGUGAAGAUUUCCAAAGACAAGUCCAGUCACUGCAACACACUAGAACAAAAAGAAGUACCUGGAAAAAGUGAAUUUAUGAUUCAGGUACAAGAGAUUAAGUGAGAAUAGCUAAAACAAACAUUGCAUCACAUUUAACAAUUUUGUGGGAUCAGGCCGUGCUCACAACACUCGCUGCCGUGCUGUGAGAGACUUUUGAUGAUAUGUAAACAAUAUGUAAACUGUAACUACAUGCAAAUCAGAGCUGCAGUGAUGACGCAAAAUGCCUUUGUUUUCCUGUUUGAUGGUCUUAACCAUUGUUAGGUACUGUUGACGUUAGAAAAACCUCAAAAUAAGUUUUGCCUUUUAAUUGUCUGUCUGUUCUAUUUGACUGUAUAAAGCCCUGUGAAGAUUGACAAUACUGUAAACUACUGAAGGUAAAAAUCUCAUCCAGUAAAGAUUUCUGUUUCCCCUGA